GAGCAGAGAGGGGCUGCCGGUCACAGUUGUGCCCUGGAUUGUAGCUGAGGCAGAGCGAGAGCAGCCCUCCUGCAGCCUGAUAGCCCACCACCAUGGAUGUCAAACUGCUGGCACUGACGGCUCUGCUGGCCGUGGCCACACAGGCUCCGACCUGCAAUGCAAAGCCCAUCAGUCUGGUGGAGCGGUGCUGGUGUCGUUCCACCCUCAACACGGUUCCUCAGCGCUCCAUCAAAGAGCUCAAGUUCCUCCACACACCCAACUGCCCCUUCCAAGUCAUUGCCAAGCUGAAAAACAACAGGGAAGUGUGCAUCAACCCAGAGACCAAGUGGCUGCAGCAGUACUUAAAGAACGCCAUUAACAAGGUGAAGAAAUCCAGAAGACGCAAUAACAAGAAAUACUAAAGCCAAGGGAAGACACGUGCGUCGUCGGGCCUGUGUCGAACCUGUAUACCUCCCUGUCACUGCUACGGAUGCAUGUAAGCGCUGUAUGUACCCGUCCACCUCUCUGGACCACUCACAGAACCAGCACUUCACCGCCAAACCGAGCCGUCCCGAGCACCACCACAGUCACCUCCGCUACCCAAUGUUCGCACCAGGCGCAGCUACACCGUGGAAUGACGGGAUGCAUGUUGAUGUCAGAUAUACAGUAUGUGUGUGUGUGUGUGUUGGUGUUUUUGAAUGUGCUUCACGUGAACUAACUAAGACCGUGUCUGUACACCGUAUUAUGUCACUUCUCACAGCUAUAAAGGAACAAACUGAGCUUCAUGGUCCUGUCUAAAUAGGGAGAUGGAUGAAUCAUUUGCCUAUUCUUUAGGAAUUCAGCAAAGUCAUAUUCACAGCAAAAACAUUACCUCAACUUCAAUGCUUUAGACUUAUUUUCAUUUAGAAAGAUGCUGCAUAUUUCGGUCGGGGGUGUUACAGACAAAUCAAAAAGCUUCUUCUGUUACGAAGUGAAUGUGGCAUUACUCCAAGACGGAGGGGUCAUGGGACAGAUUUUUCGAGUCUGGCCCGCGGGGUUAACACACCACAAGUGGUGACCAAUCAGGGCAGGCCAUGCUACCACAGGUCUCGCAUUGUAUUUGAGCUUUGCUGCAUGAACAAAACAUGUUCAUGAAACAAGCACUGAUCUCAUGGUGCUGUAUAUAUCCAGUAUAAGCAGUCAGAGCCUUUGACAUACUGUUACUGUAUUUUUUACUGUUUAUUUCAUGCAAGACUUAAGGUGGGAUGUUGUGACUUCAACGUCUUAUGCGAACAAACACAAUUAUAUUUUUCAUCAGUCACAGAUUAACGAAAGCGCUGUUGAUGGAGUCGGAAGUGAAAAGUGAAAUGGGGACUUGAUGCUCUGCGAAGGCCAUAUUGUAACGAUAAAGACAACACUUAUCAAUGCAGCUUUUUUUUAUUGAUUGAACAUAUCAGUAAACAAAAAACAAAUAUUUAUUCAAUUAAAUAUGCAUGAUGGAGAAACCUGGGAAACUCAAAAAGCAUGACUUCCUAAUUCAUCGAUAUUUACGGGGUAAAUGUGUGUCCUGACAACAUUGAAUGCCAGUAUUUUCAUACCAACACCUGUCCUUGGUAGGAAGGAAAAGCUAGUAAGUUAUCACAUGAAACAGAAAGCUGAAUGAUAAAUGUCACAAAGGGAAUGUUCACGAUGGCAAAGUGAAAGUUUUUUAUUAAUCUUUCUUUUUAUAUAUAUAUAUAUAUAUAUAUGAGCCACUUUAUUAUCAGAUGUGUCUUUUAUAUGUAAUGCUUUUAUUUUUUAUAUUGUGUAUAAUUUCACUAAAUGUUUUUUUAAUGCAAUGUAAAGUAGGCAGUUACUACUAAAUGAAGGCUAUUCCAUGGAAUGCAACAAAAAAAAAACACCCAGCUUCAUUUUUAAGGUUUUAUGCAAUAUGUCACAUGUGUAAUGGUUUGUUUGCGAGUAUUUUAAACACAGUAUGCAACACAUUCAAUCUCCGAAGGACCAAGACACUAUUCUUUUUUUCUUAUUAAUGUGGAUACAAAGAUCAGCCAAACAGGAUUAUUACUGUCCUCCUGGUUUGUUGUCCUGAGAGGUCAAAUGGUUUAAGUGAGUAACAUCUGCCAUGUCCAACACAAAGUGGUUGCAAACAAAGGCCACUGUCAUUGUGUUACAUGAGAAAACACUCCGCUCAGUCGUCCCCCUCGAACACUUGAUUUGAUUUUUGAUUUCUUUAUGUGGUGUUACUGAGGCUGACGUAUGAUGUGUCAAUAAAAUCACUGAGCCAAAGCAGAACAAAACCGUUUUGAGUUGAGAUCCGAGCGACCAACAUGUGCUUUUAAUCUGGACACUCCCAGCAUCCCAAGGGCUUUCGUUCACUUUCACUCAAGUGCUGCCAUGCCGCAAAAAAAUUAGAGCCCAUUUUUCCCCCGUAAAAUUGUGAUGGAAGUCCUGAUGGUUGUCGUAAUUGUUACGGCCAUUGUUUAGUUGUUCUUUGUUUUACGUGGCCUACAUGCUAACUCUCAUGUUACAGGUGAUAAUCUUAUCGUUUUGCAGCUCGUAGUGCAAUAAUCCUGUAAGUGUAACUUAUGUCCCAUUAAUACAGAGUUGCAUUGAUAUAGAAAGAAAAUUGUGUAGUUACUUCUGUAAAGUUCAGCCUUUCUAAGAAAUGAUGUGAUUAUAAUCUUGAUAACAGGAAAAGGUAACAACAGUAACAAGUGAUGAACUAAAUCAAUGGGAAAUGUGUCCGCCACACUGUGGGCAACGUUUGUUUCAUUUAUGUCCAAUGAGACACAUUUUGUAAUAACAAGAAAAGUAGCUGCACUAAACAGACUCAAAGUACAUUUCAAUAGUACUGCGGUCCCAUUUGACCCUCGCUGUGUUAGUGCCACUCAUCAAACAAUCACUGUAGACAACAUUUAUUGAGAUUAAACUGUGUCAGCCAAACUUUUUUAUCUGCAGUACGUUUAAAUUACAGAAAAUGUGUGUAGGAGUGUCACAUUUUGGACCAAACAGUCACAACAGUUUUACUUGUCAAAACACAUUCAAGUUCACAUUUCGUGGACAUCAGGGUGUCGAUGAUUGAUUAGAUCAAAGCGGAUGCUUGUGUUCUGCUUUGGACCCCGAGACAAUGUGAAAUAACCUUCUUUCUUUUGAGGCAGCUUCUGACACAUAUUCUUCAUAAACGUGAGAUGUAUUAGAGUAUUACCCUGUGUAUUUUCAUUGUUAUUACACCACGAGGCAGUAUUUUAGCUUUGAUACUUGAGCCCCUUUUUUUCAAUAAAGUGAUAUGAAUUGAAAAUCGA